AAUUUGGCUGCGGGCGUUUGCAGCCCUGGUUUUCUAGGUUUCUAUUUUGGUCGUCGUGCGCUGUGUUUUAUUUAUGUUUGCCAUGGGAAAAGAGUGUUGCUAAAAGUGCUUAAUUCGGUGCACCUGGUGAACCAGAAGGGCGCUUCCAGCGGUUGACCCCAAGAACCCCAAAUCGGCGCUAAAGUAAACAAGUAUUUCGAAACACUUGCGAGCAUAGUUCAGUUAGCAUCGGCCAAAUAAAACCGAAAAUCGGGAAAUAAAUGGUGAAAAGCGUGCUCUUUUUGGUAUAUAACUUAUGUGUAUAUUAAUGAUAAGGGUGAAACGGUCGCAAACACAACGAAACUAAAAGAAAAUCUACUAUUAGUCAGCGAUCUAUUUUUGCUCAUCGAACGACAAGGAACAACAACAAACGGAGCAACAAAUGUUCGUUGAAACGAAACGCAGCUGAAGUUGAAGCAAUCUAGUGCGGAUCCGGUGCAGCCUUGAACAGCCCGACAAUGGAUCAGCCACUGGUGGUGCGGGCGGAGUACUCCUUCAUGGGCAGCAACAACGAUGAGCUGUGCUUCCAGAAGGGCGAUGUCAUCACGGUCACCCAGCGGGAGGACGGCGGCUGGUGGGAGGGAACGCUGAACGAGAAGACUGGCUGGUUCCCCAGCAACUAUGUCAACGAAUGCAAGGUGCAGCUGCCUCUGGCGGAGACCAUAAGGCCGCCGGAAGAGAUCCAGGAAUACCGCUCUGUGGUGCUCAAAGAUCUGCUCGACUCGGAGCGAGCCCAUGUGGCCGAGCUGCAGGGUCUGCUCGAGAACUUCCUGGAGCCCAUGCAACAGACGCAGAUACUCAGCCAGGAUGAGUACGCCCAGCUGAUGUGCAACUUUGUGGAGAUCGUGCGAACGCACGAGGAUCUGCUCCUCCAGAUCGAAGAGUGCAACGAUCGAGUUGGUAAACUAUUCCUCACGAGUGCUCCGCUGAUGAAGAAGGUCCACCAGGCCUACUGUGCUGCCCAUCCGAAGGCCAUUGUCAUUUUGGACAAGUACAAAGAUGAUCUGGAAAAGUAUAUGGAACGACAGGGCGCGGCCACUCCCGGAUUACUUGUGCUCACUACGGGUCUAUCGAAGCCAUUCCGCCGACUGGACAAAUACUCCGCCAUGUUGCAGGAACUGGAGCGGCAUAUGGAGAGCAGCCAUCCGGACCGUGGUGACACUCAGCGGAGUGUGGCUGUGUACAAGGACAUAGCUGCCACAUGCUCGGCCACACGGCGCCAAAAGGAGCUGGAGCUGCAGGUGCUCACGGGCCCAGUGCGUGGAUGGCAGGGUCAGGAGUUGAGCACCCUCGGGGACAUCAUUCACAUGGGCAGCGUGGCAGUUGGAGCAGAUCAUCGCGAUCGCUACUUUGUGCUUUUCCCGCAAACAUUACUCUUCCUCAGCGUUAGUCAGCGGAUGAGUGCGUUUAUCUACGAGGGCAAACUACCCCUCACUGGAAUCGUAGUGAAUCGUCUGGAGGACACGGACGCGAUUAAGAACGCUUUCGAGAUAAGUAGCCCAUUGAUCGAUCGCAUUGUGGCCGUCUGCCAGGGUCCGAACGAGGCCAACAAAUGGGUGGAGCUGCUCAAUGCCAACAAUCCCAGCCUGCCAAUGGGCAUCAAACGGCAACUGAGUAACCUGAGCAACUCCUCGUCGGGACACCUUAAUGCCGCUCAUCUAAGUCAACAUUUGGAUUCACGGGGCUACUGCACGCGGUUUUCGCUAUGUGCCUACUACUCCGGCCCUCCAUGUCUUGUGCGUCCCCUCCGUGUGACUCUUCCACCCAGCAAUUACCCACCCACUUCUCCGUACGCCAAUCUGAGUGCCCACUUUGCGAGGCUUGUGAAAAGCGGAGGAUUGAGGAGUGCCAUCGUAAAGAUGCUGCUCUAUCCACAGGCUCGCCAGACCAUCGAUCUCAAGCGGAUUGCUUUGCGCAAGAAGCGCUGUCACAAGGCGGCAGCGAAAUUAAAGGAUCUCAAUACCAAUCAGGAUUCGGGACAGUCGGAGCUGGAGCGUCAGGAUGCCAUCGAACUGCCCACGGACUCGGAGAGCUACGAUGAUGAAUUUGAAGAUGAUUUUUUGCAUUCCUGCGACUCGGAUCCGUUUGAGUAUGUGCAGUUUUACCAGAACAACCGCAAUGAUUCCAUGUACAACUCCACGGGCACUUUUGUGGACCAUGGUACUGGCCCCAGGCGGCACUGUUCCUCUAUUAAUCUCAUCAAACUGGAUUCUGCUGAUACGGACGACGUCUUAGCACAAAACGAGUUGAAAAAGGAGUCGCUUAUUAUAGGAUCCAGGGCUCUCAGAGCCUUAGCUCGCAAGUCCACGGCUCGGAACUCCAGUGUGCACACAUCCACGGCAACUCUGGAGUUGGGAGUGGGUGGCAGCAUAACCAACUGUGUGGAAGAGGAACCGGAACUGAAGUUAAAGCCAUCAUUCUCUUUGCAACAACAGAGCUCCGAUGCCAGUUCCAUGUAUGGAGCUAGGCUAGGCGGAGCCUUCACGGCCUGCGAGAACCUGGCCAGUAUGCCCGAUGAUCUCAGCCGGGAGUCGAGUGUCCAAGAGCCACCCACUCCACUGCCAGCUUCACCGACAGAACGGCACAGCAUGCCCACCAUUUUUGUGGGCAAUCGCUUUAAUCAGAGCAAAAAUACUGAAGUCUAUGUGCCCACGUGGCGGGACCGCCAAGAGAUGCAAAACCAGAGUGUGGAUGCGGAGCAGGAGGAGGAGUUGCACUCUAGUUCCAUGGAUCUGCCCGCUGCCUGUCGCACUGCUCCGGAUAAAUUGCAAGCAGAGCUGCUUUACAAUUAUGAUGAGGUCUUAGCGAAUCCUCAAGAGUUGCAGCGGGAGCUUACGCCUUAUCCUGGGCAUAAUGUCAAAUCCGACAAGCGGGUUUCCCACAAGAGCGACAGUCCCUCGACGGGAAAUUCCAAAACAGAUCCAAAUCCCGCUGCAAGAAGUAGUUCCACCACAGAGCUCUGCAUUGAUACCUCCUCGAAAAAGCGCAAUCCUCAGGCCCAGCAAAGUAGAGAUUCCAUUAGGCGAUGCAUCAGCUAUCAGUUUCUGCAAAUGUCCAAUCGGCAGCCGCCUCCACCACCGCCUCGCAGGGAUCCGGAUCUGCACCUGGACACGAAAUGUCGCUGCUGCGAGAGCUCCCAGUGUCCCAGUCCCCGAUCGAGUGAUAGCGGAAUGGCGGGCAGUUGCACUAUUACUUCACCGGAUCCCCCCAACCCGGAAUCCUACUUUCCCACUGAAGCCGCAGGCCACGAUAUGCUGGAUAACGUGGAGCCAGAGAGGUUUGAUGUGUGUGGAAUGUUCAGGGAUAAGUUCCUUACGCCAGAGGCCACUCAAGAUGUUGCCGAUGCAUUAGAGGAGCAGACUCAACUUCCAGAUGAGCCCACAACGCCGACCAACCACAAAGAAGAAUCUACCUGCAUAAGCUCUGCCCAAGUGCAAGUAAACACGAGGAGUAUUUUCCUGCCGUCCAGCUCGAGCAUGGACGAGACCAACAGGAAUGUUCCGUCCAAUGAUCUCCUAUGUAGCUCGAGUUCCACAGGUCGGCUGGGACCACAGGCCACCUUUCGUUCAGGGAUGUAUGCACACUGGUGGAAGAAGGAGCGCCUGCCGCCUGAAGUGGUGCGCGGCAUAGCCCUCGCAUACAACAAAAGCCUGCCCUCCAAGGACUCAAAGGACUCGGGGUCGGUGUGCUCCAGCUGCUUCUGUUCGCUGGGAGCCAGCGAUUACAGCGAGGGCGCACUUUACUGCUCAGUGUGUCAGAACUGCGCUGACUACUACAACGGCAGUGCCACCAGCACCACCAAUACCACCACCACCACAUCCUCCUCUAGCUGCCCACUGUGCAGCGAAGACGAGGGCAUGAUCGCCUCCCUCCACGAUUCGUCCUCGCUUGACUGUCCCAUUUGUACGGGCCGCAAUGCUUCCGGCGCCGAAGAAGAUGUCGCCGCCGUCGAACCACAGCCUGCUCUUGCCAACCGGAGGUCGUCCGCCGGCCACGCCCAGCAGCAUCCCGCCCAGCGGCAACACAGGCGGGAGCAACAGCCACCAGGGAUCUCCGGCCACCAACUCGAUGUCGCAUCACAAACGGAGCCAGUCCUUCAACCAUCAUCUCAGCUACAAUCAGUACACGCCCACUCAGCCUCCACCACAUCAUCUGCAUCCACCACAACCACCAAGUCUGCCAAGUCAUCUGGGGGCAACCGCCCCCAGAUCAAGUUCAGUCCAGAUACCAAGCAGCAAGAUAGCAGCUCCAAUCCUGGCGUCAUCCAUGGACGGCAGUCCAGCAAUUCAGGGAGCAGCGGGAGCAGCAGCGGCGGGAAUGGGGGUGCCAAACGCAAGGAAAGGAAGCACAAAGGCUAACUGGACCAUCAGCUGCCUGCGUCCCACGCCGCCGUUGCGGCCAAGUUUGUUAAAUGCCACGAGCGGAUCGGGAAGUGGCAGCGGUGGGAGUGGUGGCGGCAGCAGCAGCUCCA